UUCUCAUUAGUAUUCAUAUUUACAAUAAUUUUACACGAGUAUUAGCAAAUACAUACAUUUCACGCGUUCCCUAUAUCACACACCUCGUCUAACAAACACAUCAUAAUAACGUCUUUUUUACUACAAGGUGCUUUCAUAAACCUGCUGCUGUAGUCGCCCAGUUGGCACCUCUCUCUCUUGGGCUCUUAUACUACAGACAUGUCGUUUCUUUUCAUUGUCACCAUCCCUUCGGGGGUGCGUCUGAAACGCUCUGGUGUAGUGCAAGAGGUCAACGACACCAUCCACUACGGCAUAGCCAAGCAAGAACCAUCCGAUAGAAACCAUGCGAAAUCUUUAGGUCUCAAGAGCGUAGGCAGCACUAACGAAGACAGUACGAGUGUGAUCAAGCCACGGGAUAGCAAAGGCGAAAGCAAAAAUCUGCUUUCUGUGGUAUUGAGCCACGACGAUACAGAGAGUCUGGAGUUCGCUGAGACAAGUAGACACAGUGCAUUGGGUGAGAUAUUCCCAGAAACAAGCAGGAAGAGCACAUCUGGUGGUGCUUGGCAAAGCGAAAACGCGCAGACGGGCCGGAACCUUAACGGGCAGAGUGGCUUAAAGGGCGAACGGAAACUAGCGGAGUCACGGGUGCAAGGGGUGAAGCAGGUGGAGGCUAACAUGCAAGGGUUAUUCGCUCCGACUGCGAAGGAAAGAACAGGAAGUGCAUUGGAUUCUAUCAACCCCUCACGGCCGUCGUCCAAACACAUCUUAUCGCAACUCAGCAAGGGCAUGCAAGCCAACCACGACAAGAUGGCCGAUGACGCCUCAGAAUAUAUCACACUGGAUGUGGCUGAGCUGCUGGCAGAUGUGCUGGAGACGGAUCUGCUACUGACACCCACGUGGGUGCAGGAUAUGAAGGGCAAGAAGAUCGUCGUACAGUUCCCCUGCGAUGCGAAUAA